GCAGCAGUUACCACCCCAACCACAAUGAAAAUUCCAUAUACGUAUAAGAUGAAACAUUUCACAACACCAGAAUCAAUGACAACUCCAACAACAACGACAACUACAACUACCACAACUGUAUUACCAACGACAAAUAGAGUAACGCAACAUACAUAUAAAAUGAAAGAUUUGACAACGCCAGAAGAAAUAGCAAGCACAACAUCAGCCACAACCAUACCCUCAACAGAAUCUCGAGUAGAAACAACGGCGGCAACAACUACAAAAAUAGUGGAACUAUAUACAUAUAAAAUGAAAGAUUUAACAACGCCAGAAGAAAUAACAAGCACACCAUCCAUGACUAUGCCACCACCAACACCUCAAGUAGAUACAACUACAACAACAACGGCAGCAACAACCACAGCGACGAUGAAACCAUAUACGUAUAAAAUGAAAGAGUUAACAACUCCAGAAGAAAUACCAACCAUACCAACCAUACCACCAGUAGAACCUUGUCCAGACAAAACACCAAAGGAGGCAGGAACUACGACCACUGUAGCUGCAGCAUCGACAACGAGUGCGGCAAUCACAAAUAAAGAAACCACAGAAACCGCAACAGUGGCAUCAAAAGUAGACAUCACGACAGCAGCUACCACAGAGCCAAUAACCUCCGAGUCAUCACCAGUACCAGUUUCAACAUCAUCGGGAAAAGGCAUCUGUAAUGAUUGUCUCAUGACCAAUGGGGUUGGAUAUGUGUCACACCCUGACUGCGCGCGCUACUACCAGUGUUACUAUGACGAUAAUAACCAGACGAACAUCCGGGCAGUGGAGCGAAAAUGUUCGUUUGGCUUAUUCUGGAAUCAGAAAAUACUUUCCUGUGAUUACCCACAAAAUGUCCCGUGCAGUAAAGACAUAUGCUCUGGUAGUGGACCACAACCAAUGGAAGGAAACUGCAAAGGAUUCUGGCAUUGUAACUCUGGAUCACCUUCAGGUCAAUGCUGCCCUCAUGGACACUCAUUCAACGCCCAACUUCGUCAGUGUGUACCGGAUGUGACGUGUCGUGAUGUCUGUCCAGCCAGAGAUGUAGGAGCGAUCAUCUGUCAAAAACGAGCUGUACCAGACAAACGAUCCUACAACCAGUGGACUCAGUCUGGCUGGGUUCAAAUGCCUUGUGCUCCAUUUACAGCGUUCAAUCCCAAUACCUGUGGCUGUUCUGAGAGAAUAAUCAGUCAAGUACCAGCAUGUAUGGCCGAGGUAUAUUUGCCUUUUGAUAGGUCAACUGACGACCAAUCAGACAGAAAGGUAUAUGUGGAAAACAACGGAGUCAGGGUAUCCAAUGGCGUUGCUUAUUUCGACGGUAAAGGAAGUUUGAAGAUUAACAGGUUCUCCAGCAGUUGGUUUGGCAGCACUGUCGUCAUCACUGUCAGAUACAAAGUGAUUGACAGCUCGUCUCGCCAAUCCCUUGUUUGUAACGGAGACUGUGAUGCGCAUCCGACUCUUUUCAUUGGCACGAACCCUGAAGGGGUGGAGUUUUAUGCCAAGACAUCAGAGAGCAACAAAGCAGUUAACUUUACUUUUGCGCAAUCAAGCCACGGGUACCAGACAGCUAUAUUUGUUCUAGAUGAAGGGAAGGUGACAGGACAGGUUGGAUAUAACAGACAUUCUCAAGUGGCUAAAGGUAAUCUGGAAACAACGAAAAUGGCGCUGACCAUAGGAGCUUGUGGAAAAUCUGAAACGUUUCAGGGUUACAUUGAUGAGGUUUCUAUUUACCUCUGCAAACCAUCAACUAUCUUCACCUGAUGAACUGAAAGAAUGAACUAUUUACGAAAUCCGGAAUAUUAUCUCAUUUUCCAUCCUACAUUUAGCUGAGCCAAUCAUAAUAUGUGUACCUUUUAUGAUUAAUAUAUUUGUGUGUUAGUUUAUCUAUUUACAACAGCAAAAAUACCAAUAUUCUCAUUUAAAAAUAGUGUGAAUGUUGUUGUUUUUAAUUGUCUUGUCAUGAACCUUAUUACUGAUGUUUCUUAUACUGAGUUGAAAUUUAGGUCUAGCAUUUUAUGUAAUAUAUCAGAUUUGAAAAUAUUA